AUGGACAAGCUACUUUACCUUGUGCCUCAACUUUGCGAGCUCAAUAUUGACCUAGGCUUUGAAUUGGCCAGUAUGUUUGGAUACAAGCACCUGCCUACCGUGAGGACUUUGAGUGUGCCAAUCAAUCAAGGAGAGCCGAUCUACGAGGCCACAUCCAUAAUCCGCGCUUGUCCAAAUAUCAUUUCGCUUCGUCUAAACGUCGGCGGAGGUCGCCUACAGAACCCAAAAGAUGGAAUGGUGUGGUCUCCUGAAUGUCGAAGGGCACUGGAAGCAGCAGCGGCAUUGGAAUCGCUUCAAAAUCUUGAAAUGUUCAAGACUGGCAACACCCGCCUUAUGGAUCUUCUUGAUGGAUUCGUCAUGGAAAAUGGCUGGGUUCCAAAUGACAUGAAAGUCAUCGAGCAUUAUUUCCCCGGUAUCUCUAGCCUGGCUCUCUACGGACACUUUGGAUAUGAUGUGUCGAGAUUUCGUAACACCACACCCUUGGACCUCACUGCGGCGUGCGGUGGACUCACAAACCUCAACAGCCUCACCAUGACCACCGAGGGCAUGACUGAUUGGGAGUACAUGGAAGGCCAGCGUAGGAAUCGAAACCUUGAAGAAAUGGACUUGGAGUACUGGCGCCACGUGACCAACGAGGAUGUUAUGGGCCCUUAUGUCCGCAAAGCAUCCACGGUUUGCAGGAAUCUGCAAGAGAUAUCUUUCGUGUAUGCUUAUGCGGGGUGUACCUACUCCGCUGUUUCCACAGACCAAGAAUCAUGUGAAGUGACAGCAGAGGUCAUCAAGGUUCGUGAAUUUGUCAAUUCUAAGUACGCCCUCCGCGCGCGGAGGAGAGACGGUGCCAGAUACCAAUGGUUUUGA